CCUCCAUCGCCAUCAUCAUCAUCAUCAUCUUCAUCGAUUCUCUCUCUAAAAGGUUGAAUUCCUCUCGCAUUCUCAUUGCGAAUUCCUCAUAGGCCAAUCUUCCAUUGCCCUAAUUCGCCCCUUUUCCCCAAUUUGAUUUGAGGAUUGCUCUGAUCCUCGUCCACAGGAACGACGCCUUCAUCUUGGUCCCGGAUCCUUUUUUCCAGGGGAGAAUUUGUUCUUCUUGAAUUUUGGUUUGAUCUCUCGUUCUCUCUGUUUCUCUCUGUUUCUCUCUCUGGUUUUCUCUCUUUGGAAAAGUUGGGAUCUCGGCGACAUGAGCUUUCAAGAUAUCGAGGCUGGUCGUCCGUUUGCUUCUUCGAGGAGAGACCUCGUCAAUGGCAAACAAGAUCCCACGCAAGCCGUUGCCUCGGGUAUUUUUCAGAUUAAUACUGCCGUCGCUACGUUUCAGAGGCUUGUUAACACCUUGGGAACGCCGAAGGAUACUCCCGAGCUACGCGAGAAGCUGCACAAGACCAGGUUACAUAUUGGACAGUUGGUUAAAGACACCUCUGCUAAACUUAAACAAGCCAGUGAAAUAGAUCAUCACGCCGGAGUUAACGCCAGCAAGAAAAUUGCAGAUGCUAAGCUUGCAAAAGAUUUUCAAGCAGUGUUGAAAGAAUUUCAGAAGGCUCAACGACUUGCAGCUGAGAGGGAAACAGCAUAUACACCGUUUGUUCCCCAGGCAGUUCUACCUUCUAGCUACACAGCCGGUGAGUCAGAUGCAAGCUCAGAAAAUAAUCUUGAACAGCGUGCCCUCCUUGUGGAAUCCAGGAGACAAGAGGUCUUGCUGCUGGACAAUGAAAUUGCCUUCAAUGAGGCAAUAAUUGAGGAAAGAGAACAAGGUAUUCAUGAAAUCCAGCAGCAAAUUGGAGAGGUCAAUGAAAUUUUCAAAGAUCUUGCUGUUCUAGUUCAUGAACAGGGAGCCAUGAUUGAUGAUAUUGGAUCCAACAUUGAGAGUUCCCACGCUGCAACAUCACAGGGAACAACUCAGCUUGUCAAAGCUUCAAAGACACAAAGAUCAAAUUCAUCUCUGGCUUGCUUGCUUUUGGUGAUAUUUGGUAUAAUCCUUCUCAUUGUGAUCAUAAUAGUUGUUGCUUAAAUGAAAGAACUUGCAUUGACUAAACAAACUUGCUGCUGCUAUGGUGUGGCAAGAUCAAUCUUCCUGUUAGUUUCUUUUGAUAAGCUUACGUUGUCGUGGAUCCUGCCUUCUGGGAAAGGGUUGUGAAGGGGGGGCUCGAUGUACACUUGUCGAUCUGCCAUUGGUAUACUGUUUGCUACUGUCAGUUCGACCAUCCUCUUCUAUUUGGAAAUGCUAUAACCUUUUUGUGUGAAGGUGUGCAACCUACCCGUUUGUUCCUUGUUCUUUUAACCAUUCAAUUAUAUUGAUAAAUUAUUUUUCUUCUCUCUCUCUUUUCUCCUCUGUACUGUUGCACACAAACCAUUUACCCCAACUGUAUCUUGGUUGGCGAAAUGCAAGGAAGAGAGACAGCGCUCUCUUUCUCUCACAUUCUAGGGUUGAGAUAUUAUGGCUUUUGUACUAAAAUAAAUGGGUUUGUAGUCUUGUUCGUGUUUUCUGGAUUGGUUUCUGUACUCGACGUAGUGACUGAAUCGUAGAAACUUUCCCUGCU